AUGCGGGAGACCCGCGACGCCCUGCCCAUCGCGAAGAUCAAGGCGGAGCUCUGCGAGGCGCUGCGAACGAGCCCCGUGGUGGUGGUGUCCGGCGGUACCGGCAGCGGUAAGUCCACCCAGUGCCCGCAGUACAUUCUCGAGGACGCCAUCAAACGCGGCGUCGGUCCGGAUACCCGAAUCAUCGUCACGCAACCGCGACGCAUAGCCGCCGUCUCCGUCGCCGAGCGAGUCGCUUCGGAGCGCGGCGAGCGCGCGGGUAACUCGGUCGGUUUCAGCGUGCGUCUGCACGGGUGCGCGCCGAGGGACGAGGGCGCGAGCGUCGAGUUCGUGACGACGGGCGUGCUGCUCCGGCGGUUGAUGCGGGAUCCGGGCCUGCGAGGCGUGUCUCACGUCAUGAUCGACGAGGUGCACGAGCGCGACAUCAACACCGACUUUUUGCUGGUGCUCCUGCGCGCGCUGCUUCGCAAGCGCCCGGAGCUCAGGGUGGUGCUCAUGUCCGCCACGCUCGACGCCGAGUCGUUCUCGGAUUACUUCGCCAGGCGCGGCGGCCUGGAUUGGGGCGAGGACGGCAAGGCGCGGUCGAACGUUUUGGACGAUUCUUUCGCGCAAGCCGCGAGGCGCGCUCGAAAGAUGUCCGGGGGGGGAGGAGGCGGAGGGAAGCGCGGCGGCAUCGCGGACAAGCGCGAGCGCGAGGAGUUGGUCGUCGCGCUCGCCGCGGAGGUUGCCGCGCAGGUCUCCGCCGCGGAGCUCGCCAAGGGCAGGAAAGGCUCGGUGCUCGUGUUCCUCCCGGGCUGGGACGAGAUCAAGGAGGCGAUGAAGACGCUCGAGUCGUUGCCAGCGGAGCAGUACGACUCGCUUCAGGUGAUUCCCCUGCACUCGCAGGUGCCCCAGGAAGAGCAGCAGCUGGUGUUCAACCCGGCGCCCCCGGGAAAGAUCAAGGUGAUCCUCGCCACCAACAUCGCCGAGUCGUCCGUCACCAUCGACGACGUCCUCGCCGUCGUCGACAGCGGCUUGGUCAGGGAGAUGAGCUACAACCCGGAAUCGGCGAUGAGCACCAUGGGCACGGUGUCCACGUCCAGGGCGUCCGCGACGCAGCGCACCGGCCGCGCCGGCCGCGUCGCCCCGGGUGUGUGUUACAGGCUCUACUCCAGGGCGAUGUUCGAGGCGAUGCCCGAACGGCCGACGCCGGAGAUUCAACGAACCGCGCUGGAGGCGACGUGCCUGCAGACGUGCUCGAUGACCAACUCCGGGGUCCAGGCGUUCCUGGCGGAGGCCAUGGAUCCGCCCGCGACGGAGACGGUGACGCUGGCGAUGGAGCGGUUGAAGACGCUGGGCGCCAUCGCGGAGGUGCUCACCCCGCUGGGCAGCCUGCUCUCGCAACUUCCGCUGGAUCCCGCCACCGGUCGCAUGCUCAUCAUGGGGGUGGUCACGCAGUGCCUCGAUCCGGUGCUGACCGCCGCGGCUUGCAUGUCCUCCAGGGAUCCCUUCAUCGUCCCCACCGGGAUGCGCGACGAGGCGCAGCGCGCGCGGCGGUCGUUCAGCGAACGAUCCGACCACCUCGCGGUCCUGAGGGCGUACGCGGAGUGGCGCGCCGUGCUCGCCGAGGAGGGAUUCGACGGCGCGUGCCAGUGGGCGAGAGACAACUUUUUAUCGAUCCAGGGCUUGCAGAACCUGACGUCGCUCCGGUCGCAGCUCCUGGACGAGCUCGUGCGCACCGGGCUCGUGCGGAGGGACGAUCUCGGGUACGAUAGACGGAACAGGGAGCUGCGGGGCGACGCCGCGGUCAACAGACACGCGGGUAACGAACCGCUCACGCUGGCGGUGCUCACGACGGGCCUGCCGGGAAAUCUCGCCGCCCGCCGAUCGAUGGCGCACUUCGGAGUCAUGCGCACGCGUCUGGAGGAAAACGCGGGGCUGCAUCCCGCGUCCGUCUCGUUCGCCAGGGCGCCGCCCAAACGUCGCAGCGAGCUCGCCGCGCUGCCGCAGUGGUUCCUCUAUCGCGAGAUGGUGUUGUCGUCGCAGGUGUUUUUGAGGGACUGCAGCGCGGUGAACCCGGAGCAGCUCGUGCUGUUCGGGGGCACG